UGAGUGUUUCCGAAUAGGAAUCUACACUUUAUCUAUUUCAAAUUAUUUUAACCAUUGCUUGUGCAGAUCACAAAAGUUUUCUUUGCACAAUGCUAAAAACUUUUUUGAUAUUCGGAUUAUUCGUAAAUUAUCUUAAUGGAUUUCCAUCCGAUGGAAACCGCGUUCUUGUUAAAAGACAAACAGGCGACAACUUUGACCCCGACAGUUUUUUAAGUAAAUUUGGUUAUCUUGAUGAUUUAUCAGCUGGUCAACACCAUGCUGAAGAAACAAGAUCAGAGGGAAUCAGAGAAUUUCAACGUUUCAAUGGCUUACAACCAACAGGAAUUUUAGAUAGGGAAACCUUUCAGAAAAUGCAGCAACCUCGAUGUGGGUUACCUGACGUCAUACAGCCCCACCAAAGACAACCCCAUAGUCAUAAUGGCGACAGGCAACAUGACCCCACCCAGCCACUUCAGUAUUAUGCCCCAGGUUAUAAAUGGAAAAAGAACGAUAUAACCUAUAAAAUAAUUGGAUAUACCCGUCAACUAGGUGGUACUACACAAAAGAGAGCUUUCAGAAAUGCCUUUCAGAAAUGGGCAGAUGAAACACCUCUAAAUUUCCGGGAAGUUACACGUGGAGAAGCUGAUAUUGAUAUAAAUUUUGGGCGCUAUAGUCAUGGUGAUGGUAAUGAAAACUCAUUUGAUGGACGAGGUGGUACGUUAGCACAUGCGUUCUUUCCUGGAAACCAGGCUCUCAGUGGUGAUACACACUUUGAUGAGGACGAAGAAUGGACAGCUAAUCGAGAUGCUGGAUCAAACCUAGAAAUUGUUGCUGCACAUGAAUUCGGCCAUGCUCUUGGCCUUGGUCACUCUAGUUCACCAACGGCUUUAAUGGCGCCUUACUACCAGGGUUAUGAUCCCAAUUAUAAACUAGAAUUUGACGAUAAGCGAGGAAUACAGACCUUAUAUGGUGCAUCCCGUCGUCAACCGGCGAGAACUACAGCACGCCCAAGACCAACACGGCGACCUAUUACUCGAAGGCCAUCUCGUCCAACUGGUCGACAUUGUAAUCUAAGAUUCGAUGAUAUAGUCGUUGCUCAUGAUCGCAAUACAUAUGCGUUUAAAGGUUCAAAAAUAUAUCAACUCAAUGGCAAUGGUGUUGCACCGGGAUUCCCCAAACUUACCAGACGUGUAUUCCCAAGAGCUCCGAAAAGCCCUGGUGCGGUCGUUUAUGACAGAAUAAACAGAAAACUAUACAUGUUCAAAGGGAGUAGACUAUGGCGAUUUACUGGAUUCAGAAUGGAUAGAGGUUAUCCAAAAAGAUUACCCAGGGCUUUUAAUGGUGUUAAAGCGGCCUUUCAGUAUAGUGAUAAUAUAAUAUAUCUGUUUAAGAGAAAUAGUUAUACAGCUUGGUCUGAAACCAUGACAAGUACACCGACCGGCUAUGAAAGAACGAUAACAGAGUUCUGGCGCGGAUUAAGACCUGGGAUUGCUGCCGCUUUCCGUGACAAUUACGGAACAACCUAUUUCUUUAAGGGUAGAAUUUACUGGCGAUACGACGACGAUUUUGGAUAUGCUGAACCAGGCUACCCUAAAAAUACAGCAAAAGCAUGGCUUGGCUGCAGUCCUAGAAUACCAAAAUAAAGUUUUAAAUUUUUACGUUCAUUCGUUUUUAUUCGGGAUAGUUAUUUACGGGUUUAAGUUAUAAAUAAUCAUACCGAUAAUUACUAUUUUUGUCAACAUUUAAUUUUGACGUAUAUAUACACCGAUUACUACUGUAAUAUAUAUAUAUAUUUUAUGUAGAUACGCUAUGAGGGUUAUUUACUAUGUAAGUAAUACAAGUAUAAUGACAUUAAACUACCAUAUACAGAUAUCGUAACAGGAAUUAAUAAUUUGAAAAUUCUAGUGAAUAUUCAUUGUAAUCCAUUGGUGGGGUUGGGUCGGUAGGAUACUGGCCUAUCGGCCAUAGUUUUCCGGGAUGGAAUCUAAAUUUGUCCAGCCCGGUUCUCGUUCAAUAUGGGGUGGCGCCUGCAAAGCUUACAAGUUGCAAUUCUAUACAUAAAGUAGGCCUAGGCGUAACCAUUUUCUUUCAAAAUGAAAGUAGUGUUGAUGCGAACUGAAAUAGGGUAAAAAUGGAGACCGGCAUACACCAUGCUGUUUGCUAUCGGGAUACUUUUGCCUAUAUUUAGGGUUUUCGCGCACCCUUCGUCAAUUUCCAAGGGUUCCUUUACGUGCACAAAACGGAACCUCAUUUAUAACGACCAGAACGCCUACACGCCGUUCCUUGCCGGCCAGCACAGUGAUAGAACCUUGGAUCUCGUGGUUGGUGAGUCAGUGUGGUACUCACGGUAUGUUCUAACAAUGGGCUAACAAAUCACACACGAUCGAUCAUAACCAGUAAUCAAAUAACUUAUUCCUUACAUUAUAUAAUACAUUUCAAUUCAUAUUAAUUGUUGAAUAAAAUAAAAUCUUUUCAA